AUGAGUGGUAAUCCAACGGGUAUCCUUUCGUCAAGUUUUCUGACAUCCUCGACAUCAAUCCGAUUACCGAACACGAUCAAUAGCAACAACAAUAAUAAUAAUAGAAGAGUCAAAUACAACUUCUUUCAUCGGUUAGAUAAUGUGUCAACAGGAUCUAAUCAGGAGGAGCCCGAAAGUUUAAUUGAAAUUAUGGAAAGAGAAGAGGAGCGAGCAAAAGAAGAAGAGGAGAAGAGAAAGCAUUUCGAAGAGAUCCAAAAAUUGAAGGAGGAAAUGGAAAGGCGAAAAAUAUUGAAAGAGGAAUUACGGAAUAUGAGAGAAAAGCGAAAACAAAAAAGAGAGAAGAGAAUUGCCAUGAAAGUAUUACUGCUCAUGAAUGAUGAAAGAGCACGAGAGUUAAAGCCUCAAUUUUUAGAGUUUAAGCAUGGAAAAUUGUCUCGUUAUGAUUUCAUGGCCGUCAUGAAAGACUUUGUUUUAAAGUAUUCAGAAGAGGAUUUUGGUUCUCUGGCUGAACCUCCAGUAAACACUAUGGACGACGACACUGGUGCAGGAUUAACAUAUACGGAAUAUUUUCAAAACUCGUCGGAGGAUGAACGAAAUUUAGUGCUUAAUUUAUGUGAGCUAUUUAAUGAGAUCGAUUUUGCAGGAGAAAAAUACAUUACAUGGGAUGAUUUCAUGUCCUAUUUACUUGAUGCUGUAUCAGAUCAAACGACGAAGGAAGAUCAAAUCAAAGAGUACGGCCUUUCAUUCGCUUCUCCUGGAACAGAAAUUGAUGAUGCCAUCAAGAAAGUUUGCUACUUUGAAAAUUGGGACAAAAUUGUGACUUGUGGUAAAACGAAACGAUGCAGAAUAUAUGAGGCAAGUGAUCUCUCAGUGGUGGCGUCACUUCCAGAUCAUGAUGGAGCCAUUCUACAUGCCGAAUAUUUACCAAACCCUUUCGAUAUUCUUGUGACCAGUUCUGCAGAUUUAUCAAUGCGCUUUUGGAAUGCAUCACGUCUAGAGUUUGAUCUUGAAUACAUGGAGCAGCUCGAUGCCACACAGACAGCUCUAAAGUUUUAUCCCAGAAACAAUAUUUUAUUUAGUGCCUCUAGAACAGGAGAUCUGACCUAUUGGAUUCAUGGAACUCCCCCAAAUGAUUACAGGAAGAAGACGCACUUGGAAAAGAUGGUUGGAAUUGGAAAUACUCCAAAGUACCAAAAGCAACAAAAUCAAAAUAACUCAAAAGAAAUAUUCUAUCAGAGUAGAAGGGUCAACGUUCAUAGUGAUGUUAUAACUGACAUGAUUACACUUCCAAAUGAUAAUAGAUUGGUCACAUCUUCUCUCGAUUCUACCAUUAAAAUUUUCGACAUUGAAAAGGAGGUCAAGGUAAAGGAAUUUCUUGGACAUACCAAGGGCGUGGUUUCCAUUGCUUGGAAGAAUGAGUACCAUUUUCUGAUAAGUGCAGGUGCCGAACGUGAGCCUCUGGUUUGGAUUGCCAACGUCGAAAAUCGAUCUCCAUUUCGAUUGAGAGAUCAAAGAAGUCCACAUCAGCACUCAUUGAUUGGAGUUUGGGCCGUACCAAACACUCCACAAAUUAUUAGCGCAGACCAUAGAGGUUUAAUUAAGAUUUGGGACAUUAGAACGCAUAGAUGCUCUCAAACCAUUUAUACGGAGCAAAAUGUUCCCAAGACUGAUUUCCAACACUUUUACCUUAAUUCAUUCACUUAUGUGCCACCUCGCAAACAGAUUGUCACAGCUGGAAGAACUUUAAAAGUAUAUGAGUAUGAACGAACCGAAAAACCAAAAGGCUCUGAUGAUUAUCCUAUCUUUUGCGCUCUUUACAAUCCAACAAACUUUCACUUCAUGACAUGUUCAAGAAAAGGAGUGAAAAUAUGGGAUGCACUCAGUGGAGCAUGUUCAAAAACCUUCAGAGACUUGGCGAGCUGUGACAUUACGACAGCAUGCAUCGAUGAUAGAGGAAGAAAAUUCAUUGUAGGGACUCACGUUGGAGAAAUUAUGGCGUUCAAUUUUACCAAUGCAAGUCUAGUGAAAACAAUACCACUAUUCGACUCUGAAAUUACAAGUAUUACAUACUGUGACGAUGGCUCCAAAUGCAUCGUGGCUACCUCUGCCGAAGGAGAAGUCGCAGCUGUUUUGGAUAGACCAAAUUACGAAACCAGAGUUUUUAAGCAUACACACAAGCAUGAAGCCAAGUGUUGUUCUUUCUCGAGAACUUACGCACUCACUGUGACAGGAGAUUCAGCAUCAAAUUGCUACAUUUGGGACAUGAAAAAUUAUUCAAAAAUUGCAGAAAUUAAGGUCCAAGGUGGAGAGAUUACUGCUCUUUGUUUUAUGGGAGUGUUACCUGCUUUUAUAGCUGCAGAAAACACAGGACGCCUCAUCAUGUACACAACACGACCUUUCUAUUCACCUAAUAUCGCAAUCCUUCAGUGGUACAAUGAAUCCAAGUGCUCAGAUAGCAGUCCGAAAAAAGAGGAGGAAGAUACUAUCAUCCAUUCUGAAACCACCCCAUUCAUUACUGAAAAUCCUUCCUUGACUAUAACUCCUUGUUCUUCUCGAGGCCUGAGAUCUGAAUAUAUCAUGCAACUUGACAAACCCCAAAAAGAGGAAAACGGUUUUGUAAAUAAUUACCCUGUAACUGCACUCGAGUAUGAUUUUAACACGAACCGGUUGAUCACUGGUGACGAAAAAGGCUACAUUUGCAUUUACAACAUGGAACCCAUCAUUGAGACAGCUCAAAUAAGACUCUCUUCCAGAAUACUCUCGAACCACAAAGUUCCAUUAAGCGAGGUUGCCAAAAUGAAACCUGAGAAAGUGGCACAAUGGAAAGCACACAACGAGGCUGUCACAAAAAUUCAAGCCAUACGAGAACCAAAUUGUAUCAUCACUUCCUCUCUUGACUGCUGUUCCAUGAUUUGGACUAUGGAGGGAGAAUUGAUGGACUCUCUCAGGCAGGAAACCAAGGAGUGGAAUGACACUGAGUUUGACAAGAUCAUGGAUGAUACCUCGAUCAAUAACCCAAAACCAUUCAAUUUCCCUAUCAACCUCGAAGAACGUCGUAAAGAAGAUGCUCUCACCGUUUCAGGUGUCAUUGAGAAAAUUACGAAACAGCUUCGAUUAAUUGGCAUUUGGAAAUCCACCUCCAAGGAAAGAAAACAUACCAAAAAAGACGUCAAUUCAUUGCUUCAUCAAUUGGAGAGGACAGUGUCACAGGGUUCAUUUUCUUUCAGUUUUAGGAGGAGUCCCCUCGCUAGUCCCUCCGUCUCUUCCACUCUUGUACAGAGCGGCACUUUAUUCACUGCUGCCCUGGACAAGAGUCGCCAACAACCAUCCUCUCAAGUGAAAACCAAAAGUGAACCACCUGAAUUACAAUUCAGAGUGCCACCUAUCAAUCCACGCUCCACAUCUCCAAUAGCUACAUUGUCUCCCAUUCCUUCCUGCACACCCAAUAACCAAAUGUUCCUUAAACGAAAACCUCAAAACCAACGUUACGAAUCCUCACGAGAGUCGGCUGCAGACUCUCCCAACAUUUUCAUUGAGAGACGUCCGAACACAACAAGUUCCGUCAGUAAGGCAAGAAAAAAACCUGUCAUGUCCAUCUCUGGAAUGAAUCGAUAG